AUGGCAUCUACGGUAAAACAAGCUUUAACACAUGAUCAGUUAUGGGAAGUUUUAACUGAUAAACCAGUUGAAUUUUCUACGCCUGAAGUUGUACAACGUUACCGUAAUUAUACAGCACCUGAUGUAUCUCGUCCUCGAAUUCAUCCUGGACGUGCUUAUGAUCCAAAUCAUCGUGAUGAAAUACAUGGUGAUCAAAUGAAUUUAGGUGAUGGAAAAAAUGGAGAAAUAAUUAAUCCUAAACCAAAAACAACUUUCGAAAAUCGUUUAUUUAAUUUAAAUGAACUUGUUUAUGACAGAAAUAGACAAAGAAUAAAACAAGAAAAUUCAUUACCAUCAACAAUUAAUAAAUAUAAAACAACAUUUGGAAUUCCAACACGUUCGAGUGAAAAAGCAGGAGAUCUUAUUAAUCCAAAUAAAUCACAAGCACAAAUUGAAUAUGAAUUUGAACAACCACGAAGCAUGUAUCUCUUCAGUCAUAAAGAGUUUGAACCAGGUGAACAACUUGAACGUCAUUAUGAAAAUGGUGAAUUGAUUCGUUAUCAAACUCAUGGUGUUCCAACGCCAGUCUAUGCUGAUGGUCGUCAUGCACGUGAAUCUCUAAUAUGGAUUCGACCAAAUCAUACGACACCAAUUGUAACACAAACUGUCAAUGAAUAUGAUGAAUCUCGUUGUGAUAAUGCUGCUAUACGUACACGUCGUUUUCUUGCUGAAACUGGUUUACCUGUCGAUCAUCGAUUUGGAGUAGCAACAGGAUCUGAUCGGCUAUCAGCCGGUGAAAUAAUUCAUCAACGAGCAAAUGUUCCAGCUGUAUUUGAUGAAAAAUCUCAAGCUGCUUUAGCUAAAUUACGUUCACAAUUAUGUUCACUUCAUAUGACAACAUUUAAAACACAAUUACAAGCAUUUCAAUAUUAUGAUACAAAUCAAGAUGGUUUUAUAUCUAUACAUGAAUUAACGAAUACAAUAGAAAAAAAUUUUAAUCUUGAAUUAUCUGAUGGUCUUAUUGCUGCAUUAAUGUUUCAAUGUGAUCAAGAUCGUGAUGGAAGAUUAAAUUUUCUUGAAUUUAGUAAUUUUCUUUGUUAUCGUAUUGCACAUUCAAGUGGUCUUGAACAAUUUAUAAAUGAAGAAAAAAAGAAAAAUAAUAAUAAGAUUCAAACUGGAAUUAUAAAAGAUAAUCAAGGUCGACCAUUAUUAAAUAUUUCUGAUCUUAUUGAAAGUACAAAUGGAAAAUAUUAUCCACGUAAACUUAUAUCACAAAUUGAUGAAAUGGUACCCGAUGGUUGGAAAACAAGUUAUGAUAAAAUUAAUGAAGCACCAUUUCGUCUUGAACCACAAGUUAAACGUCAAUAUGGUUUACCAUCAAUUAUUGCACGUAGUCAAUAUGCUAUACCAACAGCAAAUCAUAAAAACCGACCGCCACUUGGUUCAAAUACAAUUGUUGGUGCUUUAUUAUCACCAUCAAUAUGGAGUGAUCGUGGUUUAACUGAAGAUGAUUUAUUAGCACCAAAAACCAUGGAAGAAAUACGUGAUAUAUUUGCUAAUGCAAAUAUUACUGUAUCAGGUGAAGAUUUUGUUUAUGCAUGGACAACAGCAGCUGCUAAUAAUGAACAUGGACAAAAUCAAGAUAAAGCUAGUGUUAGAAAUGUAGCAGCAAGAUCUGAAAAAAUUGGUUGGAAAUCGUCACCAUCUUCAGUUUACAGGAUUGUCCGAUUAGCCGGAUUAAAAUGGUUUAAAAAAAGAAGAAUACAAAAACUGACAUAUGAUAAUAAAGUACAACGUGUUAAAUGUGCCAAGAAGUUAAAAAGAAAUUUUGGUGUUACAAAAAGAUCAAAAUCACAUUCAAAUCCACACAACAAAGGUAUUUGGGCAACAAGAUUUGAAGAAAUACCAUCAAUAUCCCGUGAACGACCAACAAGAAAAUUUGCAAGUGGUAUUGUUUUUUGGGGUGGCAUCUUAUAUGAAGGACUAAUUCCCAAAAAUAGUGCAAUUGAUGUCAUAUCAUGGUUGAAAAAGCAACCAACAGAUAAAAAGAAAAGAACUUAUAUGAAUGGUCAUUUAUAUGCUAAAUUUAUUAAAGAAGUUGCUCAUCCAGAAACUCAGAAGGUAUGUGGAAGAGAUUUUAUAUUUCAAGAUGAUACUGACUCAAAGCAACGAACCAAAAUUGUAUUACGAACUGUUGAUAAAUUAUUUAAUGAUUGA